UCACUCAGUAAUUCUGCAGGCCACACUUAGCUCGUGUCCUUUGGAAAACUAACAUACAUGCCAGUUCCCUGUGGACAAGUCCUAUAAACACAUGAGAGGGAAGGAACACAGACAAACCAUGAAAAAGAUAUACAUUGGCAAAACUGCCUUAAAAGUCCCCCGAAAUGGUGGCAAACACCCCAAAAAAAGCUCAUUGCUGGAACAGAAGGAGGACUUGCGGAAAAGACUUUCCUACACAACACACAAACUUGAGCUGCUGCAAAGCGAGUUUGACUCCACUAGGCAGUACCUGGAGACCGAGCUACGCAGAGCACAGGAGGAGCUGGACAAGUUCACUGAUAAGCUGCGCAGAAUACAAAGCAGCUACUCGGCUCUGCAGAGGAUCAACCAAGAUCUGGAGGAAAAGAUCCACAGAAACUCACAGCACCAUGAUGAUGAAAAACGAGCUCUCAGCAGAGAGAUCAUUGUCCUCAACAACCACCUGAUGGAGGCAAAACUCACCAUUGAGAAGUUGCAAGAGGACAACGAUUUGUACAGAAAGGACUGUAACUUGGCUGCUCAGCUGCUUCAGUGCAACAAGUCUCUUUACAGGGCCCAGCUCUCUGAGCUGCCUGCUGAUUUUCAAGAGCGACUGACCAUGCACCUAGAAGAGUCUCCUCUCUGCCAUACCUACCCUGAGUCUGUGCCAGCUUCUCUCAUUGCCAAAGUGCUGGAGAAAACAGAUGAAGCCUGCAGCAGCAGCCAGGCCUCCCGCUCCCCCAGCCCCCAAACCCAGGACCACACUUUCAUUCUGGAGAGAUUGGGUGGGGAGCGGCUGGGGCUGCGUGCAGCCUACAAAUCUGACCUGUACAGCAGUGACACAGCCCUGUACUGCCCUGAUGACCGUCACCGUGAGCGAAGGCCCAGCAUGGAUCUUCACGGUCAGAGGAAGCUUCUGUAUGGACCUCAGAACUCCACUGACAGCACCCCAGAGGAGGGUUCAGUGGGGUUGAGAGCCGGCUUCUCCCAGGAGCACUUUGCCAAGUUCCCUGCUACAUUGGGGGGAGGCUCCAGCUCUUACUCCAGCUUCAGUGGAGGAGGGUCUGAGGACAAAGGCAACGAGGCGCCCAGCAGUGCAGCUUCCUCCCCACACCAUCACUCCCUCUACAUGGACUGGAGGGAUGCAGGGGACUAUGAAAGAAAGAGUGACUCAUCCUGGGAGAGGGACAGUCCAGGAGGCUUUGGCAAUGCUCAUUCCUUCCAACAGACGGAGCUUAGCCACCACCAGAACGGCAGCUCACCAGUCUACAGCCGCACCAUGUCCUCCUGUUUCAGUGAGCCCUACGAGCCACUUCCUCCAUCUUCUUCACCAAGUGUGGCCUAUGGAGACAGUCGUCGAGGCAGCACAUUAGCACCUGAGGAGGAGGAGCUAAUUGGUAGAUGGAGACAGCUCAGUGUUGAGGACUUAAGUGCCCAGAGUUAUCGCAGCCCAGGCCGAGCAUCACCUUACAGCUUCUCAGAGCAGCAUUUCUCCGUCCGGCCUGCUAAGAUCCGGCUUGGACCGCUCUACAGCAGCUUCCAAGAAGGGGCUGAUUACUACCAUCAUGGAGCGGGUGCCAUGGACCCGGUGUGGGUCGCUGCUAGUCCCAGCCCCGAAUGCAGCCCAGGUCUGCGACAGGCGCACAGCCAAGCACACCUGUACCGAGCAGAGGACAGCCAGGGUUCGGAGCACAGCCUCUACCACUCAGGAAGCUCCAAGGAUAGGGAGGGGAACGUUGCUGCUGGGGGCCAGAGCACCGAUUAUGUAGACCCAAGUCCUAACAGCUCCACCGAGUCUCUCAACCAGAGGUCCCUGGAGAUGGCUGCAGAGAUGCAGCACUAUCAAGUGGAGAUGCACAACAUGCCUGCACAGGUCAGCCAGUCGCCACCACCUGCCCCACCUCCUCCUCCCCCAUACAACCAAAAAUUUGGCUCUCUGGGACUUUCAAGGAAGGACAGUCUAACUAAGGCCCAGCUUUAUGGAACACUUCUGAACUAAAGGACUUUCUAGUCAGGCUCAGUCUUUAAUAGAACACACAAGGCAUUGGUAUGUGCAGCUGCACCUUCUGUUGGUGCUACCAUUUGAUAAAAAGUAGUCCAACAAGCAGCCAGGUGCCAAAUCAUUCAUAAAAUGUAACUACUGCAGAUGACUUAAAAGCCUUGAUUGAAUGGCAGUGGAUAGCAACUGUUUACAACUCAUAUGUCUGGAAGAAAGAAAUCAUGAUUCAAGAUCUUGAUGAGCAGGAACACACAUAGUGGAGCUCAUGGAACUAUUAAAACACAUAAGAAAGUGUUUGCAUUUGAAUUACAAAUCUAAGAAAAUAUAUACUUACUAAAAAUCGAAUGAUAUAUUUUGUAUGUUGCUGUUAGAAACGAAAUACAUCUAAAACAUGCAAAUCCGCCUGAUGAUCCUGGAACUUGUAUAUAAAUUCAAAACUGCAGAUGCUCUUUUGAAAACUCUUCCCUGUGAACUCGUUAUUUUUAAACAGCAUUGGCUUUAUGAAGAUUGCUGAGUUUGGAAAGAAAACAAAUGAACCCCUUAGAUGACACCAUACAUUUUUCUUCUGUUAAUUGAAUUUGACAAUAUUGAUAAAUGUGUUUUGUUUAAACGUUUUGAGGUGUAAACAUCUGUUUUAGCGGUCAGUAUUACUUUAUUUUUUGCUUUUUUUUUUGUCCCUACUGAGAGGUUUUCCUGCCCCCAUUCUACCUCAGAUAUGGAUCUCCACACCCCAUUGAGCCCCUGUAACCCCGUUUCUUUGACAAUGAUGCAUGUUUAAAUAUUUUGGUUGUUUUGUUCACUUAAUAAAGCACAAAUUAUACACAGAA